AUGGCAUCCAGCGUUAACGGUACGAUUUUACUCAGUUUUUUGCAACUUUUUGCCCAGGAACACGCAAACAGUGUCAAAUUAAUGGAAAUCACAAACUCUGUGAGAGAAGAAAAAUAUUUUCAUACGCUGAUUUUCAUAAGCCAUCCGAGGACUGAGGAAGAUGAGACCAGCUUUGAUUUGGAUAUCUUAAGUAAAUUAGUUAUGGAGAAUUUGGAAAUUCCUAUGCUGCAAUGGAGGAAAUGUAGCACAGUGCAUUUGCCCAUAGAAAUUCAACGCCAAAUAUUUGCAAUGGUCACACUCGUUGGGAAGAAGACAAAGGAUAAGAAAACACUGAAAGCAUUGUGGCAAUCAAUGAGGCGCAUUGUCACAACCAGGAUACUGUUGCUCACAAAGGAGUCGGGGUCAAAUGAGGAUUAUUUAAGCAACAUCAUGGGUUAUUGCAUAGAAAAUAAAGCCAUACAAGUACUGGCAAUGGAAACUUCUUCAAAUUCCGAGAGCAAGAUUUUUGAGCCAGAAAUUUUUCCAAAAUUUAAACUGAAUUCCUACAACAUUGAGGCGAAACCAGGGUUUUUAUUCUUCAAAAACCUCUACAAGGAUAUGAAAGGCCAGCCAUUAAAUAUUGCCAUAAUGAAUAGAAGUAGCAGGGCUUACUCUCUGCGAGAAGUAGAUGACCAAGUGUAUAUGGGUGGUUAUCUGGGUCACCUAUUCACGGUCUUUGCCGAAAAACACAACUCAUUUAUCCGCAAGCCCGCAGCCACAGAAAAUUUGCCCUACUAUUUCCUAAAUAGUAAAAGUCUGGAGGGUUUGUUUGCAAAUCGCACAUACGAUAUGAUGGCCGAAUUCUCCAUGGAUAUUUUGCACAGCAACAUUGACUUUAGUCGCAUCUAUGACCUGGUAGACCUGUGCUUGAUGGUGCCUGUAGAGAAGCCAGUGCCACUUUACAAAUUAUAUAGCAUAAUAUUCGACCCUUCAAUGAUAGCUCUUCUGUUUAGCUCUACUUUAAUCUUUGCUGUGCUAGUGGCCCUAACUUUUUGGAUAAGAGAUUCCCCCAUUUCACUGCAGGACAUACUGGUCAAUGUCUACGUGUUUAAUGGUUUGCUGGGACAAGCUUUUCCUAUGACUCGCACAUAUGCGGGGCUACGCAGCUUUGUAUAUCUGCUAAUUUGCAUCCAUGGCAUAAUCUUCAACACCACUCUGGUGACAUUUCUGCAGACCAUGAAAACCUCCCCCUUGAUGGAGAGGCCCAUUCGAAAUCUGGCUGAUAUGGAGGCAGCUCAUCUUCAAUUUGCCAUUCUCAAAGACGAAUAUGAAGCACAGAUUAAUAAGACAGCUCUGCAGGAUUACAAGCAUAUGGCCUAUGUCAUGGCAAACAAAAAGGAGUUUUUCACAUUGAGAAAUAAUUUCUAUUCGCGCUAUGCUUAUGUCGUUCCCUCAGAUCGUUGGAUGUUGUAUGAGGAACAACAAAAAUACUUUGUGCGUGCCCGAUUUCGUCUGUCGAAAAUGUGCUUUGUUAAAAUUAUCGCUGUGAGUGUUCCCCUGCAGGCGAAUUCUCCAUUUAAGACGACACUUGAUGCGAUGAUAAGACGACUUAACGAUGCAGGCAUUAUUAAGUUUUGGAAAUCUAUGGCAUUUUGGGAAGCUUUAAAAAUGAAAAGUCUACAAUUGAGGGAUACCAGCAGGAUCUACAGAUUCAAACCCUUGGCACUGGAAGAUAUCCGGCUUUUGGCUACACUCUUCGGAAUCAUACUGAGUUUUAAUUGUUUCUGCUUUUUUAUGGAACUAUCAUUGCAACCAUUUCAAUUAUCCAAAGUGUUGCCAAAAACGAAACAAUGUAUUCGAUUGCCACGGGACAUCAUCAACAUCAUCGACAAUGAAUGGUAA